AUGGCCAGCGAUACUCUUCUCAUCUCAACAUCAUAUCAUAAACCUAUUCCAGUUUGUCGAAAAUCAAUAUUAGAAACAACGAAUGUUCGUAGUGAAGAUGAAUUGCUUAAAUUUUUUUUACAUGGUUCAUACGAUGUACAACGAGGUUAUAUGCAUACCUGUCAAGCAGAAGAAAAUAUUGAGAAAGCAGUUUGUAUCAAAGACGACAUAAUGACUGCUGAAGAUAAAAUAGCAAAAUCUCGUUGUAUGUUCGAAGAAACUUAUAUGAUUAAUAUAUCCGUUAAACAACCUGAUGCAACACCAAAAUCGAAACAAAUUGAUGUACGUAUUGAAAAAUCACCAGCCGAUACACAGGUUCCUGAUGAGAAAAUUGAUGGUGGUGGUGGUGGUGGUGGUGGUGGUGGUGGCGCAGAAGAUGAUGAUGAAAUUUCAAGUAUAUUUGAUGAAGAUGAAAAUGGCGAGAUGGAUAAUGUUAUAUUCAAUGAAAUGAAUUCUUCAGCAAACGAAAACCCAUCAACAAAUUUAACACUAGCUGAUAUGAUCAAUAAAACACUAACAACAAUUCCUACAACAUCAGUUGAUAAUCUCAAUAACUUGAACAAAACUAAUAACUGGUUUACUGAACAACAACAAAAUGAACUUAAACCACGUCCAGUGAGUGAACAUAUUUCAUCAACAAAACCAGUUGAACAGGUUAUUAAAACACCACCUCCUACUAAGUCAUUGCCAUCAAUGAUUCAAACACCAACUUUAACAACAAAUAGAAGUGAAGAUGAAAAACUUUUCGAAUAUCUCGAUUAUCUUGAAACCAAAGAAGAAUCAAAUCAGCCUAUAACACCAGCAACAACGAAAAAUUCAAAAUCAACAUCACCUUCUGAUAAAAUUCCAUUAAAACAAUCUCAACAAGAACCAGUAUCAAUUAUCGAUCUCGAGCAACUUUGUCGUUUAUUAACUGUUAGUGAUUUAAAAGAUGAAUAUAUUCGAAAGAAAAUCUUCGAAUUAAAAAUGUUAAUUGAUGAACGACAUAAAAAACAAAAAAGUCAAAUACCAUUAGUAAAACCUCGCAAAGACAAUCUACCAGUUCUCAUCGCUAUGCCACCAGUAAUACAACAACAACAACAACAACAACAGCAACAACGACGACGAACAAAUGUUGUUCAACCAACGGCAUUACUUCAAUCAAAAACUGUCAAUUUAUCAGCGCCUUAUAAUCCGCAUUAUCAUGAUAUUUCAUCAAAUUACAACAAUAAUAAAUAUCUUUCUCCUUCUUCAUCGUUAAACAAUCAACAAUAUCCACGACAUCAAAUAUCAUCAACAAAAUAUAGAUUGUAA